AUGGUGAUUCUACGUCGUGUGGCCACGGCUGUGUGGGAUGGGCUGGAUGGGCAUAAAUCCAACGAACGUUUGGACCGCGCUCUGUGGGAUGCCCGUAUCAAACAGUAUCGCUGCUCUUCAAGGGCUUGUAUGCACAUCGCGGCAAUCUGUACCUUCGGGCAAAUGCUGCACUUGCAAUGGAACGACAACGCACACUCUCGUUGGCCUUUGGUGAUUUCCAUGUCUGCAUGGCUGAUGCAUCUGAUUAUCAGCUCUGGCACCGUGCAGUUGGACCGAACGAGAUGUAGACUUUUUGUUCUUGUGAUGUAUGUGAUGGUCGGCUUGUGGAUCCAUGGCUUUCCCGGCGACUGCCAGAAUGCUCUCAUCCUUCAGAACGUAACCAUUUCUGUUCGAUUUGCCGUGGCCACCUUUUUUGUAAAUUUUCAAAUUGGAGUUCCCGCUCAGUCUUUGCUAAGCUUACUGGAAAUGUGGCAUGCUUGGAAGCGAGAUCCCGCUUCUCUACACAUCUCCUGCCUUCAUCAGCUGACCGUCCUGGCUUUCAUUUUGGUCCUGGCCGGCUUGAUGGAAUUUCACAAUCGCUCACGGAAUGCCUUGCUGACAAACUCGGAGUCAAUGGUCCUGAGCUUCCGAAGGGUCCUGCGUGGAGUGUGUGAUGGAGAAGUGCUCUUGGACAGCAAACUACGGGUCUCUGGUGAAGCCAGCUGCUUGCAGACUCUUCUGAUGACCACAGACUUUCGUUUUUACGAGAACUUCGAGGAGUUGCUGGUGGAGGAUGAGCGUGAGCGCUUUCGGAGCUUCAUCAUGUCUGAGCACUCCAACGCACCUGGCCUCAGCGCGCCUCCGUGCUUACGAGUGUCCUUGAAACGUCCGCCGAGGACGUCUUUGACAGGUUCGGCCCCGGCGCUCCCACCGGUCGGAGUCGACCUGUUCCAUGUGCCGCAUAUGUUGGAUGAAGAAACCUAUCAUUUGAUCGCGCUCCGAGAAGAUUCCGACUCAAGAUCUCUUCUGGAGGUCGUUGGCACCGACGUAGAGGUCACUCCUGUCCACACAGAAUCCAGCGACAGGAGAUCAUCAAGGAGUACCGCCCCGCUCACCCACGGUUCUGUCUCGCAGGUGUCUUCACACUCCCUCCUGCAGGUUGGCAAGGAGGUGGAGGAGAUGACUUUGCUGGUUGAUGCUACCACCCCGCUGCUGGAUGUGGACCAAGCUCACUUGAGCUUCGUUCGGCGACGUGAUAGUGACGACAGCUCCAUGCCUAGUUUGCGCCGCCUCGUUCAGCCCACGGAUUGGGGCAACGUCCAGGACCAGCUCCUGAAUCUCGCACGGUCGGCACAGAGCCAGGAGGAUGCACUACACAUGAAGUUGAGAUUGCAGGAUGAUUGCAAGAGAUGCCUUCAAGCACGUCGCGUUCACGUCUCUGCAUUCGUUUCACCAGGUGCCGACAGGCUCUCCGAGACGCGGAGCAAGUUGUGCAUUCAGAUGCGGAAAUUCAAGGUUUUGAAAGCACCAUCGUCAAAGCAUACGUCGAGGUUCCAAAGUGUCAGUGAAUGCUCAUCUGAAGACUCGGACUCGAGUUGA